AUACUCCUGCUAUUGUGUAGUCUCCUAACAACUACACAAUUAGGGUGAGGAGCGCUCUUUUGAAAAUAAAAAAACUAAGAAAGAAAACCCUAAGUUCGAAGAUGAAGAGCAAGAAGCCACUGCAGCAACUCAAGCUGACCGUACCAGCUCAAGAAACAUCAAUCGCUUCCUUCUUGACCGCAAGUGGUACAUUUCAUGACGGAGAUUUGCUAUUAAAUCAGAAAGGUUUGCGGCUUAUCUCUGAAGAAAACAUAAAGGAAUCCCGUGUUCCUUUCGACAGCAAAGAAGUUGAAUUUGAUUUCUCAUUGGAAGACCUUGAGACCAUCAAAGUAAUUGGUAAAGGGAGUGGAGGUGUUGUGCAACUGGUUCGCCAUAAAUGGGCUGGCUCACUGUUUGCCUUGAAGGUGAUCCAGAUGAAUAUACAAGAAGAUAUUCGUAAACAAAUUGUUCAGGAGCUGAAGAUAAACCAAGCUUCACAGUGUUCACAUGUUGUUGUUUGCUACCACUCCUUCUAUCACAAUGGGGCCAUUUCUCUUGUAUUAGAAUACAUGGAUCGUGGGUCGCUGGCAGAUGUGAUCAGACAAGUUAAAACAAUUCUUGAACCUUAUCUGGCUGUCGUUUGUAAGCAGGUUUUGCAGGGUCUUGUUUACCUGCACCAUGAGCGGCAUGUCAUACACAGAGACAUUAAACCAUCCAAUCUGUUGGUAAACCAGAAGGGGGAAGUGAAGAUAACUGAUUUUGGUGUGAGUGCAAUGCUAGCUAGCUCUAUGGGCCAAAGGGAUACUUUUGUUGGUACUUAUAAUUACAUGUCGCCUGAGAGAAUCAGCGGGAGGGCCUAUGACUAUAGCAGUGAUAUUUGGAGUUUAGGCUUGGUAGUACUUGAGUGUGCAAUUGGACAUUUUCCUUACAUGCAAUCCGAAGAUCAACAAGGCUGGCCAAGCUUUUACGAGCUUUUAGAAGCCAUCGUGCACAGCCCACCGCCAUCUGCCCCAGCAGAUCAGUUCUCUCCUGAGUUCUGUUCAUUUGUAUCAGCCUGUAUACAAAAGGAUCCUCAGGGAAGGUUGUCAUCUUUGGACCUAUUGAGUCACCCUUUCAUCAAAAAGUUCGAAGACAAAGACAUUGAUCUGGAAAUUUUGGUUGGUAGCUUGGAACCUCCUGUGAAUUACCCAAGAUAGUUACUCUCUGAAGAUAUUUCUCGUGUAAUGUCAUGUUGUACCAAGUUAUUCUGUCUUGGAAUAUAUUGAAUGUUUUAAUUCAUGAAUCAGCGAGCCACACCCAAAAUUUCAUAAGUUACCUAUAGAAAUUUACAUUUAUACACAUCUCUCUUGCAUGUC